AUGAAUAAUAUUUGGUUAAUUGUGGUUUUAUAUCUCGUAAACUUACUAUCUAGAGGAAGUGAAAUAAACACAUCUACUGAUUUAAACUGUGGAUUUCAAUCAACGUGUAGGUGGCGUAAUGUUACUGCAAGUGAUGAUAGCGGUGAUUUUCUGAUAGCACAGAAUGAGGUAUUUGCAUACACACAUGGAUUUUUCAAUGGAAUGCAAAAAGCAAGUUUAGUCAGCGACAUUAUAAGGUGCCAAUUGGGCGGUAGUACGUUAACAUUCUGGUACUAUCACACGGGUAACUCAGCUACACUAGAAGUAUGUAUACUUCAGCCACCAGGUGGUUCAGUAGUUUUAGACACACGAUGCUUUCCUGUAAUUCUCAAGCAUCAUGCCCAUCAGUGGUUAUUCAAUGUUGUUGAGUUUCCACCUCUUACGCAGCCAUUUGAGAUAAUUUUCAAUCAGUUUCAAUUUCAAUUACUUAAUAUAAAGAAUAGAUUGUUUCCCUUGCGUGCUUCACCGACACUGAGAAAACCAAAAACAGAAUGGUUAAAUAUUCGACUUAUUUCUCGUUGUCCAUUCAUUGACUGCUCAUUUGAUGAUGCUAAUAUGUAUCUGCCUUCAAAUAUUGAACUGCAGAAAUGGAAGCUUUCAAAUCAUAAAGUUGCAAAUUCUCUCACUGGUAUAUGGAGUGAUAUCAAUGGCGAUGGUUGGUUUGUAUAUGCUGGUGAAACUAAUAAUCCAGGAAUAAUAUUUCUAAUGCGUACAUCUCAAAAAGUAUUUAUAACAGAAGAAUCACGGCUUAACUUUUAUGUACACAUGGCUGGUAAAUAUGGCCGUUUACGUGUUUGUAUAGAUUCUUUCGAAAAAUGCCUUAUGGAAAGAACUGGAAAAGAGCUCAGCGUUAAAACAAGCAAGUGGAUAAGUGUUUACGUAAAUAUAUCACGUGGACUCCAUAUGAUUUAUUUUCUGGCUGAUAAUUUGAAAAAAAAUUAUGUAAUUGGACUUGAUCAUAUUCAGCUAAUGAACAGCUAUGAAAAUAUUUCCGUCGCAUGCACCUAA